ACAGGAGCGUGUGUCCAAAGAAAGGAAGGUGGAGUGACAGAAAGAUGCGGUCGCGUUCCAGCUUGCGCACAGACUUUCGAACUACGUCAAUCUCGACCUUCGAACUACGAGUUUCAUCCACACAUCACCAACCAAAUACCAGACUCUUGAAUCCUCGAUUUCGAGGACUGCACAAGCCCGGUUCCUCGACAUACACCCUCAAAAAUCGUCAGAUCAACCGUCACCAUGCCGAAGGAAAAGAACUACAACCCCGUGCAAGAGCAAAAGAAAGCAGACAAGCAAAAAGCCCAGCGCAAACAAAAAGCCACUGUCCAAGCCCAGCGCAACGAGAAGCUUGCCCGCCGCAACCCCGCACGCAUCCAGCGCGACAUCGACCAGCUCAAAGACCUCGACCAGAGCGGCGCGCUGCGCCCACAUGAGCGCCAGCGCCUCGCAGAGCUAGAAAAGGACCUCGCAGCAGUCAACAAGGCGCGCGCCGCGCUUGGCGACAAGGCACCGCAGUUCAAGCCGGAGAGAAGACACGACACCUUUGGGGAUCGGGAUGGGCGAGAGGGUGAAAGGGGGAGGGGAGCCGGUGUGCUGGGCAAGCGGACGAGGGAUGGGCAAAGGAAGGAGGAUGAUAGCAGUGAUACGGAUGCGGACGUAGCGAAUAUUCCUAUGCCGCGCGAUACGCCCCCACCGAUACCGCGACAGCGCCAGCGGAGGACACAAGGCGAGGAAGAAGCGCCGGAGCCGAAGAAAGCACAGAUUGUCUACGAGGCGGCGCCGCAGGUCCGCGAUUUCCUCAAGGAAGCUACGAAGUUUAUGCCUGCGGCGGUGGCGCAGAAGAUGAAGCUGGCGAAGGGCGAAGGGCGGUUAUUGGAGCCGGAAGAGUUUGAUAAGCUACGAGAAGAUGGGUAUAUGGGCAAGGAGAAGCCUGAGCCUGAGCCUGAGCCUGAAGCUGAUCCGGAACUGGACGAGUUCUUGAAGACAACAACGGGUGAGGCAGUUGAGAAAGCGGCAGAGGCUGCGAUCGAAGAAGCAGAGUACAGCAUGAUGGCUGCCGAGGCACAGGGGAAGAUACAGGGAGCACAGUCAGAGGCAAGAGUUGCAGAGAACAAGCUACGUCACGUCGAAAUGGAAGAGGUAGAGGAUGAGGACAGUUGAGAUAGCCGUAGGUUGUCUAUCAAACGCAAGAUACCCUUUACACUGCGCACAAUCGGCUUGAGAGGUGUUGUUUCCAAUGCAUGAUCGUCUUG